GUGUAUUCUUCCCAGCUGCGUUGUUGUAGGCACGUUAUUGCAAGCAUGGCCGGGGACACUGAAACACAUCUCAGUGACUAUGCCGAAAAUAACAACGUUAUCCGACAACCAUUCCUUAUCGGAGUGUCCGGAGGCACUGCCAGUGGCAAGUCGUCGGUGUGUGAGAAGAUCAUGGAGCUUUUGGGCCAGAACGAAAUCGACCACCACCAGCGACAGGUAGCCAUCCUCAGCCAGGACAGUUUCUACAGAGAGCUGACUCCAGAACAGAAGGCAAAAGCACUCAAGGGCCAGUUCAACUUCGAUCACCCAGAUGCCUUUGACAAUGAGCUGGUCAUGAAGACUUUGUGGCAGAUCAUGCAGGGGAAGACCGUACAGAUCCCUGUGUACGACUUUUUCACUCAUUCCAGGAAGGAUGAGUUUGUGACUGUGUACCCGGCUGACGUGGUGCUGUUCGAGGGCAUCCUGAUGUUCUACUCCCAGGAGAUAAGAGACCUGUUCCAGAUGAAACUGUUCGUAGACACGGAUGCAGACACGCGGCUUUCACGCAGAGUGCUAAGAGACAUAGGUGAACGGGGCAGGGACCUUGAGCAGGUUCUUACUCAAUAUAUCACAUUUGUCAAACCUGCUUUUGAAGAGUUCUGUCUUCCAACUAAGAAGUAUGCUGAUGUGAUCAUCCCUCGUGGCGCAGAUAACUUGGUGGCAAUAAACCUGAUAGUACAGCACAUCCAGGACAUUCUAAACGGCGGACUGACCAAGCGGCACAGCGGCUGCAUGAACGGGCACAGCACGCCCGCCCGGCAACGACGGACCUCAGAGUCCAGCAGUCGCCCUCAUUGACCUCCUUUGUAUUGGAGGCAGAGUGUGAUUAGAUCUGUACAUAAUUCCCAAUGGCAUUGCCGUAUUUAAGAUGGAGGAAGGCUACGUCCUGAUUCUCUACCCUGUUACCAGACUGUGCACUUGCACACUUCUGGUCCUUGUAGGAGAAGUGUAGAGAAUUGGGACACAGGCAAAGAGUAACUACCAUGCUUAUUAUUAUUAUUAUUAUUAUUAUUAUUACAACUACUACUGUUAUUACAGGUACUUUUAUUGUAAUUGUUGGAUUUGGUUCAGGCGGGGAGAGAGAACCUCCAGUUUUUGCAAUGAGAUCAUGUGUUAAGAAUGACCCCCUUUUUGUUUUCAUCCGUUUAUUUCAAAUUUGUAUUUCAUAUAGUUUGCUUUUUGAAAGAUUUAAUCAAAUGUGGAAACUGGUGUUGUCCAAUGAGAAUUAAACCCUAAAAUCACA